CACUCGGGCGUGUUCUGGCAGAUGUGCGCAGUGUCGGCGGCGCAGCGGGCGAGCAGCAAGCACCGCUCCGCCGACAUCGUCGCCGCGGGGGGCCGAUACGACGUCCUAAUCGACGAGUUCUGCGUGGUCUCCCGCUCCGUACAAUCAGCUUCAACCCGGCAGGCGAGCGGCGCCGCGGGCUGCUCCAUGUCGCUGCAGCGCAUGGCCGCCGUGCGCGCCGGGGCAGCUGGCACCGACCAGAACCCCUCAAUCUGCGUGUGCGUGUGGGGUACGGUCGGCAACAGCCGCGACGGGCACCGCGCCGCGAGACGAGCGCAGCUGGCCCGCGAGCUGUGGGCCGCCGGGCAUGCUGUCUGUACCCUGGAGUGUAAGAGUGCAACGGAAGCUCAUGAGUUGAGCGGUGCUUCGAUAGUGCUGCUAGAUGAAGAUAAUUACUUUUGCGCUAUCUGCUGGGAUGAUAAUAGAGUACGAGAACACAGGCUGCCCUACAUUGAAGUGCUAGACUUUGUGAAGCAAAAACUUGGCCCCGAUUCAGUGAAAAGCCCGGAAGGCAACUUCGGUAGAACGAUAAGUUGGAGCGACGAGAGCCGAGACCGCGACAAGUCUAGUCCAAACAUUUCUGUCACCUUCAUUACUUCUAGCGAGAAGAUGACUAGGAACUCGAGGCGAUUGUGUGAAAAUCAGAUAAACACACAAAUCACGUCAUCCCUCCUCCGUCUCGGCGUGACGCAGCUCAGUCGCUCCCGCGUGUGUGUGCUGGCGCUGGCCUGCGAGGCGGCUUGCGUCAGGUCUCUAGCGGCUAAUCUAGACCUGCCUAGUCACUCUAGGGAGCUGUUGGGGGCCGCUAGUUGUACUAUUAACAGCUUCCCGCGCCGCCGCAAGAUCAUAGAGGAAACAGUAGAAGAACUAAUCACAAUGACGUCGACACAGAACAACCAAUCGCGGGCCUCGGAAGAGGUGGUUCUAUACGCGCUAUAUUCUAUACCGGAUGCGGUAUGUCGACUGCUUGUGUGACAAGGUGUUUUACAAUUUGUCUAUGGUGCGUUCAUUCUAUUGUUGUUUACUGCCAGUAUCAUUUGAUUUAUUUAUCUAUGACGGAUAGUUACGUUUUGUUAAAAUGUUAUCUACUAAAAUUACUUUCUUAUCUUCGGUAGACUAGAGAUUCAAUAACUGUACCAUAAAAAAACAGAAGUGUAUUGAAAUAGCCUUCUGUCUCGGGUGCCAAGCCUUUGACUGGGUGUUUUUUCCUUUAAAUAUUUCUAUACUUAAUACAAUUUGCGUGAGAUUUAUAAAUA